AUGGCUACUACCCAAAUGUCUCCUGAUCUUCCCAAACCCUCGUUUGCCAAGGUCGCUGCCUCCGUCUCCAAGGACUCCACACCUCCAGCGAUUCGACGGAUAGCCACACCAUCUAAAGAAGCAACCAUGAGCUCGACGACGAUACCAUCCACAUCUACCGCGCCCGUAAUUGCAAACGGCCGAUCUGGUAAGGCACCGGUCGCAAGGGUGCCCUCGCUGCAACGGGAAUUAAAUCUCAACCUGGCCGAUCACGGAAGCGGUGAAGACAGCCUCGAGGGAUCUUUAAAGGACUUGAGCCUAAGGGACAAAGCCCCUAACCUUGUCGUGAACGGUAGUGGACCUUUGGCUCCUGAGAGGCCUGCAGUCGUCGUUGGUAGAGACAGCGGAUCCGACGAUUCUCAACGAGCUGAUUCGAGUUCCGAACUCGGCACUAAGCCUCCUAGUCUGGAUGGAAAGAGUAUCACUUCAGGCACAACAUUUGCACUUGAUGAGAAGGAAUCGCUAAGACCUGAUGAUAGCGCCAGUGUCAAGGCCGCUGCAGAAGAUGACGACGCUUUCUCUGUACGCGGUUCAUUAGUUGCUGGAUCUCGCAUGGGCUCAGAGGUAGCCGCACGAGCUCGAAUGAUUCACCUUGGCGAUAUUCCGGAGCGAAGGCUACCACAACCAGUUCCAGGCACCGCGGCUCAAGGAGUCCUGACUCCCCAGAGCUCAUCAUCUGAACAACCCCCAGGUGCACCCAUGGGUGCUCCUGGCUCCUCAGAUGCCCUUGGUGUCAUCUAUCGACAGGCGCCGGAUGAUAAACUUCUAGAAGCCAUGGCAUCGCCCAAGGACAGGCUCUUUCUAUUGCGGUUGGAGAAACAGGUCAUUGAUUUUGUGCAGGAUUCCAAGGAACCCUACAUGGACCUUCCACCGUCUAACUCGUUUUGUAGAAUGUUAACACACAAGCUGGCGGAUUACUACCAUAUGACACAUUCAUUUGAGCCUCACGUGGGGUCUGUACGAAUAUUCAGGACGCCGUUUUGUCGAGUUCCCACCUCGCUGGCACUCAUCAACCCCAGUCCAAGUGUGCCAAACAGCAGCACUCCGCCUCCUGUUGUCCUGCCCAAGAAGAUUAUGCGACGCGGCCAAGAUAGUGAAGGCGGCCCAAGUGCUAGCCCCUCUAAGCCAACUUCUGAGACCGGCAGUGAUGCUAAAGAUAAGCCCACUGCGAACCAGAAACUCACCAGGGAAGAGCGAGAAGAGCUGUAUAAAUUAGCACGUGAGCGCAUUUUUGGUAGCUCAGAAGACAAAGAGGGCGACAACGGCGUUUCAAGAGCCAGUUCAGUGUCUGCUAAGGACAAGUCCAAUGUCGGAAAACGAGGUAAAACUGGCAAACAACGACGUGAUGAUUCGGACAGCUUUGAUUCACGACAUCAGUACACGCCGUAUUGGGGGCCUCAGCAACAGACUUGGAUAUCCCAACCGCAGUACAUGCCGCCGCCCAAUACUCAAUACGGCGCUCAAGCACCACCAGGGCCAGCAUACCCAAAUCAAGUCGCCCCUGUCUAUACACAUCAGGGUCCCGGAUACCCUGCGAUGCCAGCUAUGCCACCAAACCAGCCAUAUCCUCAGUACUCAGUCCCGCCAUAUGCUCCUCAAGCUGCCCAACAGCGCUAUCCUUCUGGCGGAAGCCCUAUGACUAACUAUGGUGCCCCUGUUCCUCCGGUUGGCCCGCAGCAACCUACGUGGCAACCGGGCCUUGCUCCUCCUACUCAAUUCCAGGCGAGGGGAGGCACCCCAACCGGUCCUCAAGGGCACAUGGGAAUCCCUUAUGCUUAUGGACAGCUCCCAGCAAAUAUCAACCCCCAUGACCCUAAGAGCCAGCAUCCAAUUCCCGGUAGUUAUAAUCGCAACCACGCCUUCAACCCGAAGACACAAUCGUUUGUGCCUGGUGGUGGUGGCAUGGCCCCUGUCCAGCCUCCACAGCCGCCAUUCACUGCUCCCGGAUCGCAUCAUGGCAGUCCUCAAGUUGGAUCACCUCAUCUAGCCUAUCCUGGCGGUUAUCAACAGCCAAUGUCUCAGCCUUAUGGGGGCGGAUAUGGCAUGGUAAGGCAGGGGUCUAGCAACUCGAUGCCUGCGUAUUCUUCUCCUCGCGUUGCUCAUAUCCAACACGCACCGCCACCGCCGCCUGUGAUGCCGCAGAAUCCCCCACACAUGGCUCCCCAGCCUCUCCCCCCUCAUUAUAAUAUCCCCAAUCGACCUAACAUCCCACAAGGACCUAGCCAGCCCUUCUCGCAUUUGCCAACAUAUGGCAACCCCGCCACUUUACCCCAGAAACCAGCUACUGGAAUUUAA